AUGGUUUCGGAAGGCAAGGAGCACGCUGUUCAACAUUUAUCGAAAGCAGAGUUAGCGUUCAUUGCUGUUCUCUUCGAUGUACAAGCAAGUCUAGCUGAUGGCCAUGAGAAAAAACAAAAUGUUUAUCAAUUAACAUUUGAAAAUAUCAAAACCGUUCGCGGACAUUUGGAUCGAACAGCGGAUGGGACUGUGUUUCAUUAUCGACAAGCCCCAAAGGGUUUGAAAUUCAAGAUUGAAGAUGAAACUGAGGAACAAGUUCAACAAGCUGCUGAAGAUGAUGAAGUCAAGGAACCUAAAGAAGGAAAAACCUAUGUGGCUAUUCUCACAGAUGCUGAACAUAUUGAAAUCUUGGUUGAAAUCAAUCCGCAUGACAUUUCUGAAAUCGUUCAAAGUGCGCGGGAUAAGGAAACAGCAACUAUAUAA